AUGCCAAAGAAGCAAUGUUCUUCAAUAUUAUCACUCUAUGACAAAGAGAUCACACUGUGCCUCGAGUCGAUCUACCGUGAUCCGGAAAAAGGCGAAUGUUUUUCCGAGCUGCUACCGCUAGGAAAAAUCGAUGAGUUGAAGACUCACUCCGAGAAUUCGCAGGAGUUCUCUAAGCAACUAUAUCAAGAUCUGAAAAAAAGUAAUUUGUCAAUUGCUGACCCUGAGCGACUCUACAAAGAUAUUAUGGCAUAUCUACAAUCAAAUUUUCCAAAAUGUAUUCUUCAUGAUGUUCUAAACUAUUCAGGCAGGAAUGUCAAAUUGAGCGAAUUUCGCUACAUCCUUGAUCAUCUCGAGGGUUUUCUACGCUUAAUUGAGCCAAAGGUGGUUCUCAAUUAUCUGGACUCCUAUCCACAAUACAGUGAAGCUGUAAAACUUCUGAAAGAUGAAAUAGACCGUCACGAGGAGGACAAUAAUGACCCGGAGUUCAUAAAGAAGCUAAUUCUUCGAACUGUGCCUCUUCUCGGAGAGCAAGCGGUAUACGAUAUCAUGUAUACAAUUUGGGAAAAAGCACAAAUGACGUCGAUGUUGAGGCAAAACAAUUCAUUACCACAGUUUUAAAAUUGAAAAACGAUGAAUUUCCAAGGCUUUACCGAAGUAUUGAUGCGAGUAGGAGACAAUUGAAUGGAAGAAUGUACGUUUGCCCAGUUAAUGAAUCAGCUAGAGACAUGAUAGCAUCUUUGGGAACAGAAGAGUUCAACACAGAUCGAUUCAGAAUAAUCAACAUUCGUGUGGACAGCAUUGCCCCAGAAAAUUCAGCGUCGCGACUGGUUAUUGAAUCUGUUCGUCAACGAAUUCAUAUUCAAAGACAGUUUUGCCUUCGAAAUUACCAAGAGGAACUCUGCCAGGUGGCUCUUCAAGGCAAAAAUACAAUUGUUACUGCUCCAACUGGCUCUGGAAAAACUGUAAUCGCUGCGAAUAUUAUCAAAGAACAUUUUGAGUCGAGGUCAAGUGAAGGAAAACGAUUUAAGGCUCUCUUCAUGACACCGAACUCAAUGAUCUUGAAUCAACAGGAGACUCGGAUUUCGUCAUAUUUAGCACAUCUUUACCCUUUAUUUUGUAUAUGCAAAUAAUCAAUUUUUAGAAUAUCUAUUUUCAGACUCAGACUAUUCAAGGAUCCGAUAAUGUUCCAACGAGAAAUGUUAUUCAAUCCAAAGAUCUCAUUGUUGCAACACCUCAGAUGAUUGUAAAUCUUUGCAAUGAGCACCGAGACCCACUUGACGAUGAAUAUCCACCAGAGCAGUUCUUCCUGUCAACUUUCACAAUUAUUUUCUUCGAUGAGUGCCAUAAUACCGUCAAAAAUUCCCCAUAUUCAAAUGUAAUGCGAGAAUACCACUACCUAAAGAAUAUGGGAAACAUGCCAGAAGGACACAGUUUUCCACAAAUCAUUGGUCUGACAGCAUCUCUUGGAACUGGCGACAAAAAGAAUUGCAUGCAAGUCAGGAGUUAUAUUGCUGGUCUCUGUGCAAAUAUGGACGUCAAGGAGCUAAGCAUUGUUAAAGAUAAUUUGGAAGAGCUGUUGGAUCACAAUCCGUUUGUCACGGAUCAGGUCUCAUUUUGCGAAAGAAGCAAUGAUGGCCCGAUUGAAAUGUUCACGAAGAGGCUCAAACAGAUGAUGCAAGAAGUGGAAGAUCUCAUCAGAACAACAUUAAAAAACGAACCUACCGUAAAGUAUGAAAUCCCACCGACUGAUAAGGAGCAUAAUCGUUAUGAAAACUGGAUUUCCAAUCAGAGAAAUUGUGUCUCGCUGGCGGGUUCCAGGAACAAAACGCUCAUCAUUGAGGUGUUGGAUGUGUUGAAGGACUGUUUCUAUGCCUUGUCAUACAACAUUAAUUUCAAUCCCGAAGUUGCAUUGAAGAAGUAUUUGGAAAAGGAAUUGGGUCCCGAAAGGAUACGAAAUUUCACCGACAACAUGAAUUUAAUAUGGGACAAUUGUCAUCGCGAAUUGGUUGGAAUUGGUUCAGCGGAAAAUCCAAUGAUUGCUAGAACUGUGCAGUUUAUUUUAGACCAAAAUGAGCAAACAUCCGACUUUCGUGCCAUCAUUUUUGUACGAACAAAAAAGGAAGCAGACUUUCUCAAUUAUGUUUUGAAUGAUCGAUUGCAUGAGCUUGGAAUCAAAUCUGAUUGGAUGUCCGGACAGAAAAAGUCGACUGCGAGCAGCGCCGAUAUCUCAGCAUCGAAACAAAAACAAAUGGAAAAGUUGAAAAUGUUUGCUGAUGGAGAAAAUCAAAUUCUCGUCUCAACCUCUGUUGCUGAAGAAGGAUUAGAUAUUCCAGAAUGCAGUCUUGUCAUCAAAUAUAACUAUGCAACAAAUGAAACUGCUCACGUUCAACGAAGAGGACGAGCAAGAGCUCGAAACUCAAAAUGUGUGCUCAUCACAAAUAGCAUUGCACUUCAUGUCCAGGAAAGCAAUAAUCUAGCAAAAGAAAAUCUAAUGACCGAAACGAUCUCCCUAAUCCAAAAUUCGCCAGGAGAAUUCCGACAAUGUGUAGAUGAGGAAAGCAAUAAAGUCUGGCCUCGAAUCCAGAGAGAAGAUACCGAUAAAGCACAAAGAAUUAAAGAGCAAAUUAAUCGGAAUAUUGUGUACAAGAUCGUUUGUAUGAAAUGUGAUACAGUUUUGUGCACGAAUAAGGAUAUUCGAUCAAAAAACACGCAAUACAUUGUGUGUAAUCCCGGAUUUUGGAGUCUCGUUCGAAGAAUUCCCUUGCCACUUGAACAAAGGGCAUCAAAUAAAUUUAAUUCAACUGGAUCGAUUGAAUGUCUUGGCGAGAGGUGUGGUUCGAAACUUGGACAGUUGAUCGACGUGAAUACAGUGAAUCUCCCGUGUCUGAAAGUAAAAUCUAUCCUGCUACUGAUUGAAAGUACCAAUGAACGGAUCCUCGUUAAACAAUGGAAAAAUAUUCUGGAUGAACAUUUCACACCGACCACACUAAAGCAGCGAGAUGUUCAAACAAUGAAAGACGCGGAUUAUGGUCGAGCACCAAUCGAAUUUGAGCAUCAUACAGCUAAUGGAGAAGUAAUCAAUGUAAUUAGACAAGCAUAA